AAUGAAUCAGCCUCAACGGAGUCUUUCAAAUUUAGGAAUGUCUAAAUCUCGUAUUCUUUUUAUCAUCUAUAUAGAGACUAUAUACCAGAAUAGAAUAGGACAUCAAGUGCAUUCUAUAAAAGAGAUGAAUAAAGUAGAUUAGAUUAGUAAUUGGCCAGAUAUGAAGAAUUCAAGAGAAACUACAAGCGAAAUGAAUUAAAAUAUUCUUAUUACUAACAAUAUCCUAGAGAUAUGAAUUAAUCCUUAGUAGAAGAACGAUACUAGAAUUCCUACAAUUAUCGACCCAAUUAAAAUACUAAGCAUUUAUAAACACAGUAAUAUGAAUAUGAUAGAGAUAUUUACAAAAAGGAAAAUAAAUAUGAUUCACCCAUUAGAGUUGAACUAAGCUAUACUGCUCCUAGUAGUGCAAAAAAAGGAGUUAUUUCUGACACAGCUGCUUAUUUAAGAGAAAGAGAGAAAAUCAUGAAUUCUUUUAUGACUCAAGAAGAAAUUCAAAGAAUCAAAAGAAUUUACUAUAGAAAAUGAU